AAAAUUGAAAUUAUGGCAAGUGGAUUAAAAGCAGAUAAUGUCUUUUCUGAUCUGUCGAAAGCUUUAUCAGCCUCUCCAGAACUUGUAAAGAAUGUGAAGGGGAAGUUUUUAUUCCAAAUCAUGAAAGAUGGAGUAAUUGCAGGUGAAUACUACUUGGACUUUUCUUCUUCAAAACCCUUAAUAUCCAAAUCAUCAACGCAAAAACCUGAUGUAACUAUCAAGAUAUCUGAUGAUGACUUUAUCCUGCUGGCAGAGCAAAAACUAAACUCAAUGAAAGCCUUUACCCAAGGCAAGCUAAAAGUUUCUGGGAAAAUCAUGCUUGCACAAAAACUCGGAGACGUCUUCAAAGCAUAUGGAAAAACGACACCAAGCAGUCCAUCCCCUGUUCCUAGACCUGCUAAUGCAGACACAUUAAAAGCAACACAAGCUUUUAGAGACAUCGAGGCCAAAGUAAGAUCAAUGCCAGAAGUUGUCGGUAAAGUCAAUGGAACUUUCUUGUUUCAAAUUACAAAGUCUGGCCGAAUAGCGGGAGAAUGGCUUUUGGAUUUUAGCAAGUCGCCUGCAGUUAUCAAAAAGGGUCCGUCUUCUACAAAAGCCGACGUAACCAUAAAAGUCGACGAUGAAAACUUUGUCCAGUUGGCGCUUGGUAAGAUUAACCCCAUGCAAGCCUUCUUGCAGGGAAAAUUGAAAGCUACCGGGAAAGUUAUGCUAGCACAAAAAUUAGGAGAUUUAUUUAAAAGCCACACAUCCAAGUUAUAGACUUUCCGAUAUCCUUUAAAAAUUUUUUUAUCGUAACAUGCAUCCUAACGAGUCAAAUAUUUUAAUUUUUUUAUCGAUAGAUAGUUUUAAAAAAUUAUUGUGUAUCAUAUCUCUGGAAAUUCAAGAUAUUUUUUUUGAAAUUAUUCCUUUAAUGUUAAAUUGUGAAGAUGAUAAAUUGUUAAAAUGCCUAACUCUGAUUAUUAUUCAUGCUAGAAAUGGUCGCAUUUAGUGAAUAUUUUUUUGUUCAGAAUAAAUGUUCUGUGCGGUUCA